CCCUCUUGUUAUCCUCGUCCUCUCCCCGCCCCGCCGCUCCUUUCUGUGAUGCCGCUCUUCCCCGGCCUGGGGGCUCCGUGAUGGGGCUGGGCGGCCUCUGUCCCGCUGGCUUCGUCGCCGCUCGUUGUCUCCCGCCAGGCUGCUGAUUUGACGGCGGCGCCGGUGUCGCCUCCGCCCUUGACUGCACUGAGAUAACUCCAGGAAAGAAAAAGCUGUGGAAGUCCUUCGCUCAUAAUUUCUGGAGUACACACAAGAGAACUGCAAAAUGUCAGGCGCUUCAGUCAAGGUGGCUGUCCGGGUCAGACCCUUUAAUUCCCGAGAGACCAGCAAAGAGUCCAAAUGCAUCAUACAAAUGCAAGGCAACUCAACCAGUAUUCUCAACCCAAAGAAUCCCAAGGAAGCACCCAAAUCCUUCAGCUUUGACUACUCCUACUGGUCUCACACAUCGCCCGAUGAUCCUUGCUUCGCAUCUCAGAAUCGUGUGUACAAUGAUAUUGGGAAGGAGAUGUUGCUGCACGCCUUCGAGGGCUACAAUGUCUGCAUCUUUGCCUAUGGCCAAACUGGAGCUGGGAAAUCCUACACAAUGAUGGGGAAGCAGGAGGAGAAUCAGGCAGGGAUCAUACCACAGCUCUGCGAAGAGCUGUUUGAGAAGAUCAAUGACAACAGCAAUGAGGAAAUAUCUUACUCUGUGGAGGUCAGUUACAUGGAGAUCUACUGUGAGAGAGUCCGUGAUCUGCUGAACCCCAAGAACAAGGGGAAUCUGCGUGUCCGGGAGCAUCCUCUGCUUGGGCCCUACGUGGAAGACCUGUCGAAACUUGCUGUCACUUCUUACACUGAUAUUGCGGACCUCAUGGAUGCUGGGAACAAAGCUAGGACGGUGGCAGCUACCAACAUGAAUGAAACCAGCAGCCGUUCCCAUGCAGUCUUCACUAUUGUUUUCACGCAGAAGAAGCAUGACCUUGAAACUGACCUUUCCACUGAGAAGGUUAGCAAAAUUAGCCUUGUGGAUCUUGCAGGGAGUGAAAGGGCAGACUCCACUGGUGCCAAAGGGACCCGAUUAAAGGAGGGAGCAAAUAUCAACAAGUCUCUCACCACCUUGGGAAAAGUCAUUUCAGCCUUAGCAGAAGUGGAUAACUGCACCAGCAAGAGUAAAAAGAAAAAGAAGACUGAUUUUAUUCCAUACAGGGAUUCUGUGCUGACGUGGCUGCUUCGGGAAAACCUGGGUGGCAACUCAAGAACGGCCAUGGUGGCUGCUCUGAGCCCAGCAGACAUAAACUACGAUGAAACACUAAGCACUUUAAGAUACGCUGAUCGGGCAAAGCAGAUCAAAUGCAAUGCUGUUAUCAAUGAGGAUCCCAACGCCAAGCUGGUGCGGGAGUUGAAGGAGGAAGUGACACGGCUCAAGGAUCUCCUCCGUGCUCAAGGGCUCGGAGACAUUAUUGACAUUGAUGCAUUGGACGAUUUCUCUGGAAGUGGAGGCAAAUAUCUGAAAGAUUUUCAGAACAAUAAACACAGAUACUUGCUAGCAUCAGAGAAUCAACGUCCUGGCCAUUUUUCCACAGCAUCCAUGGGCUCCCUCACUGCAUCCCCAUCUUCCUGCUCUCUCAGCAGUCAGGUGGGCUUAACGUCAGUCUCCAGUAUCCAAGAACGGAUCAUGUCUACGCCUGGAGGAGAGGAAGCCAUUGAACGUUUGAAGGAAUCUGAGAAGAUCAUUGCAGAGCUGAAUGAGACAUGGGAGGAGAAACUGCGGAAGACAGAGGCGAUUAGGAUGGAGAGAGAGGCUUUGCUGGCUGAGAUGGGAGUCGCCAUUCGAGAAGAUGGAGGAACCCUUGGUGUUUUCUCACCUAAAAAGACACCUCACCUUGUCAACCUCAACGAAGAUCCCCUCAUGUCAGAGUGCCUACUUUACUACAUCAAAGAUGGCAUAACCAGGGUUGGCCAGGCAGAUGCUGAACGGCGUCAAGACAUCGUUCUCAGCGGGGCUCACAUCAAAGAGGAGCAUUGUAUUUUCCGGAGCGAGAGAAACCAUAAUGGCGAUGUGAUUGUUACCCUGGAACCUGGUGAACGGUCUGAAACCUAUGUCAAUGGCAAGAGAGUGGUGCAACCUGUCCAGCUGCGCUCAGGAAAUCGUAUUAUUAUGGGCAAAAACCACGUGUUCCGCUUCAACCACCCUGAGCAAGCACGGGCUGAAAGGGAAAAGACUCCAUCAGCAGAGACUCCCUCAGAACCAGUAGAUUGGACUUUUGCUCAGAGGGAAUUGCUGGAGAAACAAGGAAUUGAUAUGAAACAGGAGAUGGAGAAAAGACUUCAAGAAAUGGAGAUUCUGUACAAGAAGGAAAAAGAGGAAGCAGAUCUCUUGUUGGAGCAGCAGAGGCUGGAUUAUGAGAGUAAACUGCAGGCCUUACAGAAGCAGGUGGAGACCAGGUCAUUGGCUGCUGAGACCACAGAGGAGGAGGAGGAAGAAGAGGAGGAGGUACCCUGGACUCAGCACGAGUACGAAUUAGCCCAAUGGGCUUUCCGGAAGUGGAAGUUCCAUCAGUUUACUUCCUUAAGAGAUCAGUUGUGGGGGAAUGCAGUCUAUUUGAAAGAAGGCAAUGCAAUCAGCGUUGAGCUGAAAAAGAAGGUGCAGUUCCAGUUUGUCCUUCUGACCGACACGCUCUACUCCCCAUUGCCACCUGAAUUGCUGCCGCCUGAGUCGGAGAAGACCCGGGACAACCGCCCUUUCCCUCGGACAGUGGUGGCUGUGGAAGUCCAGGAUCUGAAGAAUGGUGCAACUCAUUAUUGGUCCCUGGAAAAACUCAAGCAGAGACUGGAGCUGAUGCGAGAGAUGUACGACCGAGCAGGAGAAAUGGCCUCCAACACACAGGAGGAUAGUGAGAGCACCAUGACUGGGAGCGACCCUUUCUAUGAUCGAUUCCAUUGGUUCAAACUUGUUGGGAGUGUUCCGUCCACCAAUAUAUCUAGCUCCCCCAUUUUCCACGGCUGCGUGAACGAGCGCCUGGCUGACCGCACGCCCUCCCCCACUUUCUCCACGGCCGACUCCGACAUCACUGAGCUGGCCGACGAGCAGCAGGACGAGAUGGAGGACUUUGACGACGAGGCCUUUGUGGACGAUACGGGCUCUGACGCAGGGACUGAGGAGGGAUCGGACCUCUUCAAUGAUGGGCAUGACCCGUUUUACGACCGCUCCCCCUGGUUCAUUUUAGUGGGAAGGGCCUUUGUCUACUUGAGCAAUCUUCUCUACCCAGUCCCACUCAUCCACAGAGUGGCCGUGGUCAGUGAGAAAGGGGAAGUGCGUGGAUUCCUGCGUGUGGCAGUCCAAGCUAUAGCUGCUGAUGAAGAAGCCCCUGACUAUGGAUCUGGUGUUCGGCAGUCGGGCACCGCUAAAAUCUCAUUUGAUAACGAGUAUUUUAACAAGAGCAACUUUACGUCGGUUGCGAUGACCCGUUCUGGGUUGUCCUUGGAGGAACUGCGAAUUGUAGAAGGUCAGGGCCAGAGUUCAGAGGUCAUCACACCUCCUGAGGAAAUCAACAGAAUGAAUGACAUGGACCUGAAGUCUGGCUCGUUGCUGGAUGGCAAGAUGGCCAUGGAAGGCUUUACCGAAGAAGUUGGCGACCACCUAAAACUGGGAAGUGUCUUUACUUUCCGGGUGACAGUGCUGCAAGCCAGCGGCAUCCUCCCGGAAUAUGCAGACAUCUUCUGCCAAUUCAACUUUCUGCAUCGACAUGAUGAAGCAUUCUCUACUGAACCUCUCAAAAACAAUGGCCGAGGGGCGCCUCUUGGUUUUUAUCACGUCCAGAACAUUUCUGUGGAAGUGACAGAAUCCUUUGUAGAAUACAUCAAGACGAAGCCUAUAGUAUUUGAAGUCUUUGGACAUUAUCAGCAACAUCCGCUCCAUCUUCAGGGACAGGAUCUCAACAGCCCCCGACAGCCAUCCCGCCGAUACUUCCCUCCCCCCAUGCCUCUCUCAAAACCAGUCCCAGCUACGAAGCUCAACACAGUGAGUAAGCCCAACUUGGGACAGAGCGUGACCAAAUACGACCUCCUUGUUUGGUUUGAGAUCAGCGAGUUGGAGCCGACUGGAGAAUACAUUCCUGCUAUUGUUGACCACACUGGAGGUCUACCUUGCCAGGGGACGUUUUUGCUUCACCAGGGAAUCCAGCGCCGGAUCACAGUCACCAUCAUCCAUGAGAAGGGAAACGAGCUACACUGGAAGGAUGUGCGAGAGCUGGUGGUUGGGCGCAUCAGAAACAAAGCCGAAGUAGAUGAAGCUGCAGUGGAUGCAAUCCUGUCUCUGAAUAUCAUCUCUGCAAAAUACCUGAGAACUUCCCACAGCUCUAACAGGACUUUCUACCGUUUUGAGGCAGUCUGGGACAGUUCCCUCCAUAACUCCCUCCUUUUGAACCGGGUGACCCCUUAUGGAGAGAAGAUCUACAUGACCCUCUCAGCUUACCUGGAGCUGGACCACUGCAUCCAGCCAGCUGUCAUCACCAAGGAUGUCUGCAUGGUUUUCUACUCUCGAGAUGCCAAGAUUUCACCCCCUCGCUCACUGCGCAGUCUCUUUGGCAGUGGCUAUUCCAAAUCUCCAGAUUCCAAUCGAGUCACUGGGAUCUAUGAGCUGAGCUUAUGCAAGAUGGCAGACACAGGAAGCCCAGGGAUGCAGAGGAGGAGGAGGAAAGUCCUGGACACUUCUGUGGCCUAUGUCCGUGGAGAAGAGAACCUGGCCGGGUGGAGGCCCCGUGGAGACAGCCUCAUCUUGGAGCACCAGUGGGAGCUGGAGAAGCUGGAGCUGUUGCAUGAGGUCGAGAAGACUCGCCACUUCUUGCUGCUGCGGGAGAAGCUGGGUGACAGCAUCCCCAAGUCCCUGAGCGACUCGCUGUCCCCCAGCCUCAGCAGCGGGACCCUCAGCACCUCCACCAGCAUCUCCUCCCAGAUCUCCUCCACCACCUUUGAGAGUGCUGUCACGCCCAGCGAGAGCAGCGGCUACGACUCAGCAGACAUUGAGAGCCUGGUGGAUCGGGAGAAAGAGCUGGCCACCAAGUGCCUGCAGCUUCUUACUCACACUUUCAACCGUGAAUUUAACCAGGUCUACAACAGCAUCAGUGAUUGUAAGCUGUCCGAUAUCUCUCCAAUUGGGCGGGACCCUUCGGUAUCAAGUUUCAGCAGCGCCACCCUCACGCCUUCCUCGACCUGCCCCUCCUUGUCUGAUUCAAGAUGCAACUCAGUGGAUCAAAAGACCCCAGAAGCAAAUUCUCGAGCCUCCAGCCCUGGCCCAGAGGGGGAGCCACCCUUCCAGCUGAUGCCACCCAUUGAAGCCUCUUACCUGGCGAGAGCAGGCAAAAAUGAGUUCCUGAACCUUGUUCCAGAUAUUGAGGAAAUCAGGCCUGGCUCUGUGGUCUCCAAGAAAGGCUACCUGAACUUCAAGGAGCCGCUCUCCCCAUCGUGGGCCAAGCACUUUGUGGUGGUCCGACGCCCCUACGUCUUCAUUUACAACAGUGACAAGGACCCCAUUGAAAGAGGGAUUCUCAACCUCUCCACGGCUCAGGUGGAGUACAGUGAAGAUCAAGAGGCCAUGGUGAAGACACCCAACACCUUUGCCGUCUGCACGAGGCACCGCGGAGUCCUCCUCCAGGCCAUCAACGACAAAGACAUGAAUGACUGGCUGUAUGCCUUCAACCCGCUUCUUGCUGGCACGAUACGGUCCAAACUUGCCCGAAGACGCUCAGGACAGCUGAAAUAUUGAGUCUCUGUGGGGUUCUCACCAGGUUCCCCAGCCCAAAUCUCUUAACACGCCUUCUGAUAUAGAUAAAGCGUUACCUCUCAUUUCUCUGUGAUUCUUGAAUUUCUCUCUCUUUCCUUGUAUGCACCCCUGUGGCUUUAACAUUCCUCGUCUCUCUCGCUGUCUCUCCCCACCCCCAUCCUCCCUUCAGCACUUUCUCCAGCUAUUCUAAACCCCACCACCAUCUUUUUAUCACCCCUCCCCAUGCACAUACCUGUGCUGAAAAUAUUAUUAGUAGCAUGUGGCCAAACUGAAGAAAGUAACAAGGGGGAGGGGAGUGUUGGUGGUGACUUUCCAAUUUAUAUGCACGACUUUUUUGGGCAAAAAAAGAAGGGACACCCCCUUUUUUGUUUCUCUGGAUGCCCUUUUUCUUCAUUCCAGUUGACUUUGUGCUACUCUCUGUGAUGUGUUUGUCUCCGUCUGGAAUACUUUUCUUUUGUUUUGGAAGUCUCUGCACUGCUGCUGCUUUCAAGGCGAGGUCCUCUGCACAUGGGUGAAUGCAGCUCUUUGUCCACCCCCUGGUCACACCUGGAGUGUGACCAAGAUAUUUCAAAUCUCCUUUUGUGAAAGCAGACUUGCUGGCAAAUUUGGACCACUUUCCCACCCUGCCUACUUUGGCUUUUAAAACUUUAAAUUUUUAGAUUUCAGGGCCGCCUCCCUGCCUCGUGGCUCACGAAGUGACCACCACCUUUGCCCAUGUCAUAAAGGGGGAAGCUGCCACAGCCAGACAGGGCUGACCCAAGAUAUUUUGUCCAUCCCUGCCCCCCAGCCAUUCCACAUUCAGAAGCCAACUUGAAUCUUUCUUCAGUGUUGGCAGGACCAGGCCAUUGCAUCUGCUGGCAGCACGCUAGCUUAGAGGGCACGUAACAGGCUACAAUGGCAAGCAUACACACAUAGGGCUCUGUCCCCCGAAUACAUCGCCACCACUUCCUGCCCCCAGUUGAUUGCAUCCAAUGGUAGUCCUACUCAGAGUAGACUCACUGAAAUUAAUGAACACAGUUAAUGUAAGUUGAUUUCAAUGGGUCUGCUCUGAAUGGAACUGAACUGCUUGCAACUCUCUAGCUUUGGCUGCCUGAGGCAGCUGCCUCGCUCUGCCUAUUGGUUGAGCCAGCCUUUCCAAGCCAUCACUUUUUGGAGUGCACUAGGCUCUGCUUUCUUCCCCUUGGCCUGUGCAUCACUCAAUGCAAGCAAAUGAAUGAAACUGCCUUUCGGAUGCCUUUGAUGCCCAGGUGCAAAAACCGUGCAUUGCACGGGGAGAUUGAGAUUGAUGGUUCCCACCCUUGUGGUAUUGCUGUGCACUGAGAUGGGCCCCCAUUGGCCUGAGCACAUGUGUCACGGGCCCAAAGAUAGCUGGCUGAGCUGCAAAAAUCCAGCUUGGCCAAUGCUGGUCCCUUCUGUGCCAGAGUUCUUCAGUAAUGUGAGGCUGGUCCUGUCGUUAGGCAGAGCAAUUUGACCUUCACAGGCAGGUGGUUUUUGGUGGGGAUGGGGCAGUGGCAGUUAGGUUAACACCGAGGACAGAGCUCUGGUUUUGUGCCCACGUGGGCUGCUCUGCUGCUCUGCUUCCCUCAGGCACCACGAAUGACACCUACAAUCCCCAGCUUCUGCACAUGGGAAAUAUGGGGUGAGUUGUCCUUGCUUCAGGCAGCAGAAUUCUUCCGGCCACCCCCAUUUUCCCAUCUGUGUCUCUCCAGAAGAGUCCAGAAAGGCAUAGCUUAGCUGUGUACCAAAUCUCCAAAAGGUUAAACCCCCUUCCCCCCUUCUACUUUCCUCUUAGUCGGAACUAUGCAGGAUAUCUCUGAUGGCUCCUUUAAGAACAGGACAAGGGCUCUGAAAAUUGGGAUUCAAUGUGGUUGUAUCCUCUUGGAAGAAGGGUUUUUAAAAACUUUGCAAAAACUUGGCUUUUGUGGGGCAUUGCUUUAAAACCCAUCAACCCCCCC